CUUUGUACGUGCCCAUCAGGAGGACUCCUCCCACCUGCUGCACCAGCACUGCCUGGAUCGUGCCAGCUGCCAAGAUGCCUGUGGCUGCAACCAACUCUGAGUCAGCAAUGCAGCAUGUCCUGGACAACCUGAGUGACCUCCCCAACUCCACGGGGGCGGCUGACUUGGACCUCAUCUUCCUCCGAGGCAUCAUGGAGAGUCCAAUAGCACACGAGCGGCUGGAGGAGACCAGGCUGGAGGCCGUGCGGGACAACAACGUGGAGCUGGUGCAGGAGAUUCUCAAGGACAUUGCCCACCUUGCUGAGCAGAACAGCGUGGCUGCUGAGCUUGCUCACAUCCUGCAGGAGCCCCACUUCCAGUCCCUACUGGAAACCCACGACUCAGUGGCCUCCAAGAGCUACGAGACGCCCCCACCCAGCCCCAUCCUGGACCCCACGUUCAGCAACCAGCCGGUGCCGCCGGAUGCUGUGCGCAUGGUGGGGAUCCGCAAGACUGCUGGGGAGCACCUGGGUGUGACAUUCCGAGUGGAGCGGGGUGAGCUGGUGAUUGCCCGCAUCCUGCAUGGCGGCAUGAUCGACCAGCAGGGCCUGCUGCAUGUGGGCGAUGUCAUCAAGGAGGUGAACGGCAAGGAAGUGGGCAACGACCCCAAGGUGCUGCAGGAGAUGCUGAAGAACGCCAGCGGCAGCGUCAUCCUCAAGAUCCUGCCCAGCUACCAGGAGCCUCACCCCCCACGACAGGUGUUUGUGAAGGCCCACUUUGACUAUGACCCUGCCAGUGACAACCUGAUCCCUUGCAAGGAGGCAGGGCUGAAGUUCACCGCAGGGGACCUGCUGCAGAUUGUCAACCAGGAUGACCCCAACUGGUGGCAGGCUUGCCACGUGGAGGGCGGCAGUGCAGGCCUCAUCCCAAGCCAGCUGCUGGAGGAGAAGCGAAAAGCCUUUGUGAAGCGCGACCUUGAAGUCACCCCCACAUCUGGAGCUCUGUGUGGCAGCAUCAGUGGGAAGAAGAAGAAGAGGAUGAUGUACCUGACGACGAAGAAUGCUGAGUUUGACCGGCAUGAGCUGCUGAUCUACGAGGAGGUGGCACGCAUGCCCCCAUUCCGCAGGAAAACCCUGGUGCUGAUCGGUGCCCAGGGGGUUGGACGACGCAGCCUCAAGAACAAGCUCAUCAUGUCUGACCAGGCGCGCUACGGCACCACCAUCCCCUACACAUCACGGAAGCCCAAGGACAGUGAGAGGAAUGGACAUGUGUACUGUUUUGUGUCCCGGGGUGAGAUGGAGGCAGACAUCAAAGCUGGCCGGUACCUGGAGCAUGGGGAGUAUGAGGGCAACCUGUACGGCACCAAGAUCGACUCCAUCCAUGAGGUGGUAGAAGCUGGCAAGAUGUGCAUCCUGGACGUGAACCCGCAGGCAGUGAAGGUGCUGAGAACAGCUGAAUUCGUCCCCUACGUGGUCUUCAUUGAAGCCCCAGACUAUGAGACACUCCGAGCCAUGAACAAGGCAGCGCUGGAGAGCGGCGUGGCCACAAAGCAGCUCACGGAGGCAGAUCUGAAGCGGACGGUGGAUGAGAGCUGUCGGAUCCAGCGCAGCUACGGCCACUACUUUGACCUCAGCCUCAUCAAUGACAACCUGGAGCGGACAUUUCAGCAGCUGCAGGAGGCCAUGGAGAAGCUGCGCUCCGAGCCGCAGUGGGUCCCUGUCAGCUGGGUGUACUAGGCAGUCAGAAGAGCCUGCAGUGGCAGCUAGUGCCUCUCCUGCCUGACCCUACACUAAGGGCAUUACUGACCCGCUGUUAACCUUCAUCCCCUGCCCACACUGGAAUCGAUGUCUCCCAGCCAAGGACUCCAGACCCCCUGCCUGCAUCCCAGCCCUGUCCUCGGAGGAGCUGCUGUCCUGGGGGCUGCCACUAGGGUAUGUGGGAGGGAGGGUUCCAGACACUUGUUUCCUGUCUCCUUCCCCCAAGUUGUAGAAAGUUUUGCUUGUUUCAGGCAAUCUUGUCAGGGCACCCCCUGCGGAGGCCACUGCUGCCCUUGGCACAAGGGUGGGAGACAAGGCCCAGUACCCUUUGGGGAAGGCUAGGGAUUGGAUGGGGUGGGUCACAGCAGCAUGGAGCCAGCCAAGGAAGGGCAGAGCCCAGAACACAAAGCACAGCCACUUUAGGGCCAGGAGCGGGCACUGAGGACACCUUCCAGCUCCCCUCAUGGGGCACCCUUUAGCUCUCGUAGUGCCCAGCCCAUGGCUGUCCAGCCUGAUGCUGCCCAGCAGGAAAACCAGCCCCUUUCACAAUGCUACUGUGCCAGGGAAGUGGGUGUUAGGAUGGCAGGAGGCAGUAUGCUGCAGAAGGUACAUGAAGCUGGCAAUGCCACCUGUCCUUCCUGCCCUGCAGGUUUUCCCUGCCUCAGCUAUCCAGUAGCCCUCCCUGCACAGCUCUCUCUGGCUGCCUUCCCGGGAGCCUGAGCUACCCAUUCUACACAGAAGGAUCCUUCUGGCCAUCUCUCUCUGGGCAGCUGAGGUGGCUCUCAGCUGGGCUUUCAGGACCAUCUCCCCUUUCCAGGGUUGAUCUCACUAGGAACCAAGUAGCAAAGGAACAAACCAUGUUCCCAGACACCUUCCUUCACCUUUUCCCCACUGAGCCCAAGGGUGCAGGCAGUGGGUGGGGUGAGGUGGGGUGACUCCCACCCCAGAUUUAGGAGUCUUUCUUCAGGAGUUGCUGGGCUUUGUGGCCCACUGACCAUGGGGAGGGGAAACAAGGCCACAUGUGAUGCAGGCAUGGGAUGCUUAGCUGAUCCCCUGGCCCGACUAGCUCUCCUGUCCUGUCAGAAGGUGAGGAAAAGAGCAUUUGGUUUUAGAGGAAAGGUCCUGGGAGACCAAUCACACCCCCAGCCAGUGGCAGCCCCUGGAUGUGCACCCUGGGGUGCCGUGUUAGUGAGGCUGUGGGGCCCAUGCCAGGAACAAUGCCGCGACCAGUGACCAAACAUUGCCACGUGCCCUGCCCUUGCUGCUCCUGAGAAAGCCUGGUCCUGACUCCUCUGGAAUGGGCCCAUUUGGGAUGAUCCAGAGCCCCACCUUGGAGCGUAGGCAGGGUCUUCUCCUCACUGGAUUCCCCACCCAGGGGAACUUCCAGCUCACCCAGCAAAUGCACAGCUAUCUCACUGCCGAAAACUCGCCACCAGUGACUGACUGACCCCCUCUGCCCCUGCCUCCUGAAACAUGCCUGGCUGAUGGAGGGAUGUUGCCUAUGGUUUUCCUGAUUGCACAGAGCUCCCAGUGAUAAAGAAGUGGCCUGUCCCAGCUGGAUGUCAUGUCAGGAUCGCUGCAAGGGGAGUUGUGGCACCUCUGGAAGUAAAUGGAUAGAGCUAAAGAAUGCAGCCCUGAGGAAGGCCUUGCAGUUCCAGCCCUGGAAGUCUGGGUUCUGCUCCCAGCCCGCUUGGGCAAGUUGUGUGAUGGUAGACUUUGUGUGCCUCGGUUUCCCCACCUGCUGUAGGGGCAGGGUGAAGCUGCAUUUCUUGAUGCCUAUGGAGUGCAGCAGUGCUAUUUUGAUGCCGGGGUUAUAGCUGAGUCAUAGGGACCCCAAAGGCAGGCCUAGUAAAGGGGCUAGGGUUUGUAAAGCAAUAGCAAGGUCAUAAUUGCACUAAAUCAAGACCAUGGUGAUUUUAAACAAAUGCAGAGGACCCGUUUACAAAAUCUGAGCUUGAAACCUUCCACACUCAUAGGACCCCUGGCUCUGCUUGAGGGGGGGGUGAGGGAGGGGGGAGUAUGGACAAAAAUGUCUUCAUGAUUCAGAACCAUGGCAAAGAGGUCAACAAGAAGAUAGAGCAACCUGCCAGACCCAAGCACUCGCUUCCUCCUUCAGUGCCGAGUGACCCUGCCUCAUCAGGUGGUGAGACUCACUGCUCUGCUUCACUGUCACUCCUAGAGAAGUGCAAAGGCAAGCAGCUGAGCAGAAGGAUGGAGGGAGCAUCAGUCAUAAAGGGAGGGCAAACACUGCUUUAAUGCCUUUCAUCUGGCACGUUUCUGUAACACUCCCCAUGUGCACAGUUAUGCCUGUCUUUGCUGACCUGCCCCCGGCCAUUUGAUUGACAGGGUUUUCUAGGCCAGGUGUCACCAUCACUAUUGCCCUCACGUCAUUCCUGCAGCCCCUGGAGGGCCUCAGAUGCUGGGUGCUGUGCAGACACAGUCAGACCAGGCUGUACCCUAAGACCCAGCUGGUCUGACUGGAUAGGGAGUGGCAGGGACACAGGCAUUGAAAAGGGAAGGGACUUGCCAAAAGGCACACAGUAGCUUGCUGGCAGAGCCAGGAGGAGAACACUGGUCCUACUCUGUCACUAAUAGGCCAUGUGCCCUCCCCAGGAUUUCCAUGGCUGACUGCCAGCCCUGGGGCCCUGCCUCCACUUCUAAGCCCUGGGCUUUGCAUCUCUCACGCAAGGACUGACCACAACUACCUCAUGCACCAAGGCAGCUCGCGUGGCAUCGGCCAUCACAGGGCAGAGGCAGAGCCCAGACUGGGGCCUUGGCACGUGGGUGAGGAGGCAUAGCUUGGUGCUCGUCACCUGUAACCAGCUCUCCCACUUGUCCCUCGCCUGGGGGUGUGAGGAGGCCCAGAAGAACCACCAGGCCCCAGACCUGGACCCUGCUGGCAUCAACAUGAGGACUCCUGUGGGCUCAAGUUGCUGUCAGGCUGGGGUGCUUGACUGGCAAUGACAAGGGCCUGAUUUUUAGAGGUGUCGACUAUUUGGAGUCAUGAUUUCUGAUCCCUCUGGCUGUCCAUCAGUCUAUCUCUUCACCCAUCCCUCUCUCCCCAUCUCUCUCCAUCCAAGCAUCCCCAUGCAUGUAGUCAAUCUGUCCACCCACCCAUGUACCCUGCACCCAUCUGUCUGUCUACUGAGUUCCCUAUCUUUAACCACUCGCCCAUCACCCAUCCAGAUCGUAUAUACCUCUGUGAACAUCUGUCUGUCUGGCUAUCCAAGUAAUCCUAUGUGCUCCUGUACCUCACUUGCUUUCUGUCUGUCUGAUCUCUCCCUCACAGUCCUUUACUACAUUCAUUUCAAGUCAGGCACCCAACUUAGGCCUGAAGGCUCAGCCACAAGUACAAGGAGGACUCCUCUACCCUUACCCUUUCACUCUGCAGGACCUCCUUGGCCUUCAGUGCAGCACUCUGGGGGAGGAGUCCUCAAACCAUCUUUAUCCAUGCUCCAAAAAAUCUCCCUUCCCUGAGCUAUUUAAAUGUCCACUCUCCAGCAAUACCCAUGCUCUUGUCUCUACCCUCUGAAAGUCCCCCAAACCAUGUGUAGAGAUCCCCUCCACCCGGGAGGGUGGAUUUUAACUGUGUAAGAUAGUAGCUGUAAUACUGAAAAGCUCAUUUAUGUACCAUGUUUUAAAGAAAACAAUAAUGCUAUAUAUUUAAAGAGAAGAAACUUCCAUAGAUACUUGUGUGUGUGUGUCUGUGUGUGAUGGAAUUGGGUGAGUGCAGAGACAGCAGUGCCCAAAUAAAGCAUCCCAGCUGUGGAAGGAACCAUCUUAGGUCCCUCCAGUUCUGGACAGCCUAGAUGGUGAAACGCAGAUCUUGGGAACCAGAGGAGGUUUCUUUGGGGCUUUUUCUUGAGUGUGUUCAGUUGUUCUUUGUGUUCUUACCGAAGAUUGUGAAAGAUUGAAAAGACUUGCAGCUGGGAUAAUGCAAAGGGCUUGCUUUUCUGUGAAAGCCCACAUGCUUGGCUCUUCAGGUCAUCAGAUCUCAGUAGCGAGCGUGGAGCUUUUGGGGACUGGGGCCUGUAACAGUUGUGCACUGUUCCCUCCACUUGACUGGAGGGAAGUCAAGUGGUUCCUUGUCUCAAUAAGUAGUUUGCAAGUCUGAAGCAGAGCACAGGUGGUAUGCGAGAACGGAGCUGUGAGCGAGGGGCUGCAUCUUUAAGUGUGCCCCCCACGAAUGUUUGUCUCUGCCUCUGGACAUCAGUGCAUAUGUACAUCUCUCUGGUUUUGUGUGUGUAUUCCUACAUGAGAACGUUUCUGUGCCCAUCCCAGUGUUUCCGACUCUCACAUUUUUAUUCCAAGAAUUAUAGUAUUUGAUGUCUUUCUCAACGCUCCAGCUCUGGAGUCAGAGGUCAAGGCGAGAAUCUCAGCUUUAUUUAUUUUUUUAAAUAAGUUUCUACUGCUCGUCUUUGUGGAGAAACACUUGCAAACCCAAACACCUUUAGGCAAGGAUAAGGAGCCCCACAAUUACAAGUUUUAAAAACACAUCGUAAGUUCUGUAAGCCAAAUCAUGAUUUAGAACAUUUGGGGUUAGUAACCCUUAAGUCCGUGUGUGUGUGUGUGUGUGUGUGUGCGCGCGCACACAUGCAUGCACCCAUAUUCACAUGCAUGUGAGUGUUCGCGCGCGCGCGCGUGUGUGUGUGUGUAUGGGGACCUCUGAUGAUAAGUCCCUUCUCCGCAUAUUUUACGCUUGCUCUUUGGAGUUGUUUUUCAGGGACUGUCUUUAGCCUCUUUCUUACUUCCCAUUGAAGAGUGGUAGUAACAUGGAUUCAGGACCUGUGCCCAUUGUCUCUACUGGAUGUGUCACUAGGACACAUCAGAGGAGACAGCCCUGCCAGGCCUGUGCUUGCAAGGGGAAAGACCUGUUCUCAUCUCUGUAUUCCUUCCUAGUGAGUGUGGACUUUCUCUUCCCUUCCUCACUUCUCUGUGAUGCUAGGUUUUUUUUAAACCUUCCUUUAUAGAUGCUUCAUGUCAAUAUUGAGUAGAACAGAGCUGGAAACUGGGCUUUUUUUCCCCUUUCCUGUCUUUACUCUCAUUUUAUUCUUGGUGACUUUUGGUCAUUUAUUUACCCCCAGCCACUUGGUCCCCUUCGCAUCUCAUUCUCAGCCUCGUGUCUAGUGCAGGGCCAAGCUGCGUGGUGCCCUGGUGCACUGGUGUAGCCACGUGUGUGUUAGAAGCUAACUAGAAUCGGUUUAUUAGUGCUAUGUUAAUUUGUCUGUGGAUCGUAGUAGAGUUUUUCCCAGUCUCUUGUGUUCUAAGUCUGGCCUGCCCUGCUACCCCUCUGUGCUGCCCAGUCUUCUGUGUGUAUAUGUGUGUGUGCACGUGCAUGUGUGUUUGUGUUUGUGCACAUAUAUGUAGCAGUCCUGAUCCACAGGCCUCCCCUUGUGAUGAUUCGGCUCCAACUCCUUGCCAGACUGGGCUAGUGGGGAUGGAGAUGACCCAUUUACUGGGUGUAUGCAAACCUAGUUUGUAGCUGGGGUUGGGAGAAGGAUGCAGACCCCUCCACCCCCCACACUUUUCCCCCAUCCAGUUGAUAGCCAGAGCCCGGGAGGUGCCCAUCUCUCAGCAAAGUCAAUGGGAACAGGAUACUCAGUUAGAGGUGCUUGGUGCCUGGCCUUACUAGGUGCUAUCAUGGGGCUGGCUUGUUGAAACACCCCUUCCUGGGGUGGGCUCUGUUCCCUCCCCUUCCUCCCCAGUGGUGAGGUGGAACUAGGUGAUGGCCGGACCAAGGGAAACCUAGAUGUGGACAGUGAAUGUGACAUUUUCUUUCCUAGCAAACCUGUCUUUUGCCCUCAAGGGACCAUCAUGGCCUUUUUCCAGGUGAUGGGGUCAUCAGGGGGAGGGGAAGUUACCUAGAAUCCACAGAUGGCUGCAUGGCCCCCUCUGCCCUUCCUGCUCCUUAUGUCCAAUACAGGAAAGCAGAGGGUCCCUUGUUAUUUUCCCAGCAAUCAGGCCAUUGGAUUUGGCUUGGUUGUGGGUGUCCCUGGGAGAAUGUGUGGCCUGGCUCCCUGCUUCCAUGGGUGCUGGUUGUUCCUAUCAGGGAGGUCAGUGCUGUCCACUCCUCACAUCCAUGGUCUGCUGUGGGCUUUAGCAGCUUGCCCUUCGAUUUGUACCACAGCGCUUUGCUAGCGGCAAUCUUGACAGAGCAGGGGGCACCUGCCCUCCCCCCAUAUGAAUGCGUCUCCCUUCUCUUCAGGCAGUUUGGGGUUGGAUUAUGCCCCUAUUCUGCCAUAAUCCCUGUUUGGGAGCUGCUUGUCGCCAAAGCGGGGGAAGGCUGGCAUUGAUAUUGAUGCCUGGAGGCAUCAAGUAAGUCCUUAACCCUAAGAUGUU